UGAGGAAUCGAUCUUGCGAUUUCGACCAAUCGUUUUAUUGGCCUCUGAAGCUCUGGGCAUACGUCAGUGGUUUGUGCGUGAUCGUUUCACAUAACCUCAGCAUGUACGUGCUGAACAGAAAUUUUACGGCUCACGUGCGGCGGACUACAAGUUUACGGGGCUGCACAUAGCGGCCGUAAAGCGUUUACCGCGAGACGGUCCCUAAUACAUGUACUAGGAAAAAUAUUUAGAAAAAACAGAAUUGUUAGAAUGAGAUUUACACCAACGAAAUUAAUAAAACUUGCGUUUUAUACUUGACAUCUCUACUAUGCAUGCAGCCCUCGUGCAGUCCUCGCUUAAAUUCAACAUGCUGCACGCCGCAACCGUCACGAAGUCACAAUUGACGCGACUCUACUCGACGAAGCGCGGGGGUAGCUCCAAACCGAACCACUAUGACACGUUGAGGAUCUCGCCGCGCGCCACCCAGAACGAGGUGAAGUCUGCGUACUACAAGUUGACACUCCAGUUUCACCCGGACAAGAACGACAGCGAGUACGCCAAGCAGAAGUUCCAGGACAUCUCGGAGGCGUACGAGGUGCUCGGCAAUCACGAGCAGCGUAAGAUCUACGAUCGGGGUGUACUGCUGCGCCAGCAACCGGUGUCGACCGCCGCCACCGCCGCUGAGGAGCCCACGUCCCGCUACAGGGACAACGUUUACUCGGGGUCGUCGAAGAUAUAUAAUUUCGAUGCGUGGACGCAGGCGCAUUACGGGCAGCAGAUGGAUGCGGAGCGCAAGAGAAGACGGGCGUACGAGGAUUUCAAGAGGAUGAAGGAGGAGAAAAGUCAACAGAAGGAUAAUCCUCAGUACAUGGAAUUUGCCGUGCUCCUGUUCACCAUAACGAUGAUCGCUACACUUUUUCGGGAGAAGACCGACGUGCCGGUGUCCGAGAGACGCAAGAUGGAAAGUAAAGACAAUCAAAAUUAGCCCAUGUUUAUUUAUUUUAAUAGUAUAAAUUUGUUCGUAUAUAAUGAAA